GUGAAGUAAUAAUUUAUUUAUACAUGUUAAAGGAUUUUCGAUGAUUGUUGGAGGAUCCAUACUCUUGGAUACAGCUACAGAUAAUUCUGAUAUUGACAUUAUUUUCUUAAUACCUUCAUUAAAUUAUUGUGAUGGUUUAGAGGAACAAUCAAGAAACGAUUUAAUUUUUGGAAAUAAUGAAAAUUCCUUUUAUUUUUAUUUGGCUAAAGAAUUAGAGGAGGAAUAUUCAAGAGAAUUGAAUUACAAUUGUGAUCUAUUCAAUGUCAAUUCAAUAGCCAAUGCCCGUGUACCACUCAUAGAAUUAGUAAUAGAAGGGCACGAAAUGGAUAUUAUGUUUGCACAACUUCCAGUUACAUCAAUUCAUGCAGAAUUAAAGCUGUCGGAACAUAAUAAUAAAGAAGUUAUUAAAGAAAAUAUUUACAUAUUAAAUGAACUAAUUGAACGAAUGGAUAAUUUAAAUGAUUCUGAACAUUUUCAGAGUAUUUUAAUCCUUUCAGGCUUGUUUAUAAUAUUAUAAAUUAUAUUUAUAAAAUACUUUUUCGUUAAAUAUAUAUGUAUUGGUAAAGUGAAAGUAUGCUGGAAAAAUUCUUUAAAAGCCUAUGCACAUAUUACAAUUUUAUUCUGUAGGAAGAAUCAUUGGGUUGGCCAGAACCUAGCUAAUACCGCUACAAAUACCAGCGGAGUGCUUUUUUUUAGAUCCCCCAUAAAGACUGCUCAUCUGGGAACUGAUCUACCGGUUAAACAAUAUAAAUUAUAUAAUCAUGAACAUGUGAAUGGGAGGUGUCAC